AGAAACAGCUGUUUUCAGUUCGAGAGGAACGAAACACGAACCGCCCGCUGUGCAUUUACUUUGCAACUAUCCGGUGAACGACCCCAGCUUUACUGGUUUAUCAAAAUGAGGAAGCGUGCCGGCAUCGGGGCCAUCCAGAAACAGCGGCUGCAGGCGGAAAAGUAUAAGGACAAGGGCACCGAACUGCAGGAGUCGCAAUUUGAACAGAUGCUGCAACAGAUGGAAGCCCUGCGGGAGAAGCUGGAAGAGUUCGCCGCCAAGCACCGAAACGAGAUAAAAAAGAACACCCAGUUCCGGCGCCAGUUCCAACAGAUGUGUGCAGCCAUCGGUGUAGAUCCGCUCGCGUCCGGAAAGGGAUUCUGGAGUGUGCUGGGCAUGGGUGAUUUCUAUUACGAGCUCAGCGUGCAGGUGGUGGAAGUUUGCCUGGCCCAUAACCACACAACAGGUGGAGUGAUGGAACUGGAGGAGCUGCGGAACAAGCUGGUAGCGGCCAGAGGAAAGCGACAGAUCCACCAGGAGAUCACCACGGACGAUAUCCUUAUGGCAGCCAAAAAGCUGGAAAUCUUUGGUAACGGAUUCACCAUCGUCAAUGUCGGCAAAGGACGCCAUCUGGUGCAGUCGAUACCGGGAGAACUGAGCCUUCAGGAAACGUCCAUAGUACAGGUGGCAUCGAACCAGCGCGAGGGCUACGUCACCGCAACGAAAAUUGUGGAGGAAUUGGGCUGGACAGCGACCAGAGCACAGCAUGCCUUAGAGAAGGUGCUCGGUGAAGGGCUUGCUUGGAUCGACAAGCAGGGCGAUGAGCCAAGCUACUGGCUGCCCAGCCUGUUCCCCGGCCGACUGCUUGUUAAGGGUUGAUCGCUAAAGCGUUCUGACUCGGCCACUCCCAGCCGGAAAGAUGGUUCCACCACCUGUUUACAGUGACAUCUUGGCUUUCUCCCUGCUUGUCCUCCACAAUGAUGAUACUGUUAUGAAAAUAUUAUGGGAACAUCCUUACCGACUGGGUUAGCGACGAUGCUGACACUUCAAUAUUUAUACAAAUUUAUUCUUCUAAAUUAUCCACCCCACUAGGGGUUGUCUAUGCAGUACUAUAGCUGAGAAGACAGGCUGUAUAAAUCGAGUUUAUGUUUCAUGCAAUAAAUAAAAAGUAAGUAAUUGAAAUAAUAAAAAAAUUACAUUCGUGAGUAUCAACAACUAUGAAUUUAAUUAAUAACAAAAAAGGAUUGUUUUUUAUUACUCUGUUUUAAAGCCUAUACCUUAAUACUAUAAUAAAACAAAAGGUACUCAGCCUAUACCAAGCUUAAU